AGUGUAUAUAUAAUGACACAGAGUGGUAUAUGUGACGAUUGAUAAAAACAAGUACGGGUAAAAUGUGUUCGACAAACGUUAUUCAAAGUAGAAAGUAGCUUGAGUCUGUUUUGAGUUAGUUACGAAAAUUAUCUGUGAUUGAAGUGUAUCGAUUUGAAGCUCCUUUAAAGUAGAUAAAGGUCCAACAAAAGAAAAUGGGGAAAAUUGUGUUUUAUUAUACGUUGUUAAGUCCACCAUCUCGUGCCGUUUUACUAACAGGAAAGGCAUUAGGCAUUGAAUUCGAUUUGAGAAAUGUUGAUCUAAUCAAAGGAGAACACUUAUCUGAAGAGUUCAAGAAGUUGAAUCCUCAACAUACCAUUCCUCUAAUUAUCGAUAAUGGAGUUAUUAUCUACGAUAGUCAUGCAAUAUGUGCAUACUUGUGUGAUAAAUAUGCCAAUACCGAUCAACUGUACCCGAAAGACUUAGUGAAACGAGCUGAGGUUGAUGCUCGGCUUCAUUUUGAUACCGGAUUCUUGUUUGCAAGACUACGAUUUUUGUAUGAACCAAUACUGUAUUGCGGUUCGGCAGAAGUGCCAGAGGACAAGGUUCAGUACAUUGAAAAGUGUUGGCCAAUAAUGGAAGCAUUCCUUGAACGCGGUCCGUAUCUUUGCGGCAACGAACUUACCAUUGCCGACUACUGUUGCGUUGCAACCGUUUCAUCGUUGAGACAUUAUGGUGGUGAUAUGGACAAAUAUCCGAAAUUGUCCGGGUGGUUGAAAAGAAUGAGAGAGUUGCCUGACUAUGAGAGUCUUUGCGGCGAAGGAGGUGAUUUACUAGUCAAAACUGUUGAUCAAAUGGUCGAGAAAAAUCGGUUGAGCUAAAGAUUUCUUUAUAUCUCGAAAUAAAUCUCUAGCUUGAAUUGA